AUGCCGCCCUGCGAUUGGAGGGCGAGUCUUCAAACUGGUCCCUGCCAGGGGCUCAAAAGGGGCCGAGAUUCCGCUGGAUAUCAGACUCGUUGGGACCUCCUAGUACGAGCCAUGAUCCGGCAGGUCUGGGCUUCCUAUCUUUUCUCGCUGUUGCUGGUGGGCUUUGUUCAGCCGAGCCCGAACCAGGAGAAGAUGAAGUUUUUUAUUACAUUUCAGACGGAUUGCUACAAAGGGGUGACAGGCAACAUCUAUGAGUAUGGAGCCCUCACUCUCAACGGCGAGGAAUAUAUCCAGUUCAAGCAGUAUGUGGGCAAGCAUGUCCUCUUCGUCAAUGUGGCCACCUAUUGAGGCUUAACAGCUCAGUAUCCUGAAUUGAAUGCACUACAAGAGGAGCUGAAGCCUUUUGGUCUAGUUGUAUUGGGCUUUCCUUGCAACCAAUUUGGAAAACAAGAACCAGGAAAGAACUCAGAGAUCCUUUCUGGACUCAAGUACGUGCGUCCAGGUGGUGGCUUUGUCCCCAAUUUCCAGCUCUUUGAGAAAGGGGAUGUGAAUGGAGAAAAAGAACAGAAGAUAUUUACUUUCCUGAAGAACUCCUGCCCUCCCCCCUCUGAGAUUUUGGGCUCAUCAAGCCAACUCUUUUGGGAGCCUAUGAAGGUCCAUGACAUCCGCUGGAACUUUGAGAAAUUCCUGGUGGGACCUGAUGGAGUCCCUGUCAUGCGCUGGUACCAUAAGGCUUCAGUCAGCACAGUCAAUUCAGACAUCCUCGAGUACCUGAAGCAGUUUGAAACCCAGUAGAAAGGGCCAGAGAGUGGCAAAAGUAGCAACCCUUCCUCCCACCUGAAGGACCUACGUAACUAAGAAUCCAUCUUCGCUCUGCACUGCUUCCAGCCCAGCCUACAUAUGACCAAACCAUCCUGUACUACCAAAGCACCUGCAUAUGUGUGUGUUUGAACAAUUAGAAAUGGGAAACCUAUCUCCCCAAUUUUCUCUUCCCAAAGUAUCAAUUUUUCUUCCAAUCCAUUCCAAAUGAAAUCAAGGUAGAUGGUUCAGAUUACCCCAUGAUCCUCAAAAAGCAAUACCCAGAAGCUCUGACACCUACCCUUUUCCCAUGCUGACGUUUUAAAGAAAGCAGGAACUGGCAACAAGAUUGUCUGGGUCCCCUUCAUAGCCUCUUGUCUCCUAGAAAUUAGGUAUGCAUUGUGACACUCUUUCUCUCCCUAUGCAGUCCUCCUUCAUUGCCCUGACAUCCUGUAGUUGUCCUGUAGGACCUCUGAAGGCAGGGUGAAAGCAGGAACCUCACCUUACAUGAAGGGAGGGACAUAUCCAUGAUGGUGGGUCCUAAAGCCCUUCUAGGUCAGACCCUACCAGAACCUUCCCUGGUGCCUGUCCCUUAGUGCAUUCAGGUCAUGGCACGUGGGCAGGGAUGUCCCUUCACUCUGGACGAUGGGCUGUCUCCUCUCACCCUGGGUCUCUCCAACUUUGGAGUCAUCAUUGUCUCAAAUAAAAAAUAAAAAAAAAUUUAUGCAGCAGAUGGGCUCAUUGUGGUGUUUCUCUAAUCUCAUAUUAUGCCUAGAGUCAUACUCCUUCUUCCUCUCUCACUUUGUCCCUGAUCCCUUGACCACUUAGCUUAGUUCUUCAGUAUUUUGCUUUUUCAAAAGCUCUCUA